AUGCGGGUCGCGUGGCAGCAAGCGCAGCACAACGCUGCAGACGUCGAGCUUCGCGUGGGUGAGGCGAAAGAACGAGCUAAUAUGAGAGCGACGCACGAAGCCAUAGCAUGCGAGACUGCGGCACGCGAAGUAAUUGAACGCGAAGCAGUGAAGAUUGAUGAGAUGAAACGCGCAGCCGCUCAAGCGACUCUGCAGCAGCCAGGCGUAUUUGUGCUGACUGGAGGAGCGCUCGUCAGCGGAUCGACUACUGUGCGAUUGGCUAAGGAUGCAAGGCUCUACUUUCGCGUGUUCAUCGGCAAGGAGCUUCACAAGGGCGUGGGCGGCGGGUCCAAGCACUGGGGCCGCGCGUUAAGGGAAGAGCUCGAAGGCUUAAGAGGCGUGCGGCUACGCGUGGCCAGAGAAGUGUAA